AUGAGUGUUGUUGGUAUAGAUUUGGGGACGUUAAACACGGUCAUAGCCGUAGCCAGGAAUCGCGGUGUAGACGUGAUCACAAAUGAAGUUUCUAAUCGUGCUACACCGUCGCUCGUAGGCUUCGGCCCAAAGAGCAGAUAUCUAGGCGAGCCCGCAAAAACUCAAGAGAUUUCCAACCUCAAGAACACCGUUAGCUCACUUAGCCGAUUAGCUGGGCGUCCAUUCAACGAUCCCGAUGUCCAGCUUGAGCAGCAAUAUGUUGGUGCGCCUUUGGUAGAGAUGGACGGGCAAGUCGGUGCGGAAGUCACAUACCUGGGUCAAAAGCAAAGGUUCACUGCCACUCAACUCGUGGCAAUGUUCCUCACCAAACUUAAGAAUACCGCAUAUGCCGACACAAAGAAUGCGAAUCCCGACCUCGUACUCAGCUGUCCCGCGUGGUACACAGACUCCCAGCGACGGGCUCUGAUAGACGCUUGCGACAUCGCUGGACUGAAGCUUUUGCGCAUCAUUAAUGAGACAACUGCCACCGCUCUUGGCUAUGGUAUCACGAAGACUGACUUACCUCCACCAGAGGAGAAGCCGCGCAGGGUCGCUUUCAUCGACAUAGGUCAUAGCAACUACACCUGUGCUAUCGUAGAGUUCAAGAAGGGUGAGCUUACCGUAAAAGCUACGGCAUGGGACCGCCACUUUGGCGGCAGGAACUUCGACAAGGCACUUGUAGAUCAUUUUGCCAAAGAGUUCAAGGAGAAGUUCAAGAUUGAUAUCAACGAGAAUGCUAAGGCCAAAGUGCGAGUGGCAGCAGCUUGCGAGAAGCUGAAAAAGAUUCUUUCAGCCAAUGCGUUGGCACCGAUCAACAUCGAAUCGGUCAUGAAUGACGUUGAUGUCAGAGGCUUCUUAAAGCGUGAGGAAUUAGAAGAACUGGUCAAACCACUUCUUGAACGCGCUACUGGACCAAUCGAGCAGGCCCUGGCGGACGCAAAGCUUAAAGUUGAGGAUAUUGACGGCAUCGAGAUGGUCGGUGGAUGCACCCGUGUUCCCGCACUGAAAACAGCCAUCCAGAACUUCUUCGGUAAAGCGCUGUCCUUCACCCUCAAUCAGGAUGAGGCUGUUGCGCGUGGCUCUGCCUUCAGCUGUGCCAUCCUAUCACCCGUAUUCCGUGUGCGCGACUUUUCCAUCCACGAUGUUGUCUCAUACCCCGUUGAGUUUGCUUGGGAGAAGUCUCCCGAUAUCCCGGACGAAGACACCAGCCUUACAGUAUUCAACAAGGGUAACACCAUGCCUUCGACGAAGAUCCUCACAUUCUAUCGCAAACAGCCCUUCGCUCUUGAGGCCAAAUAUGCCAAACCGGAUCAGUUGCCUGGCAAGUUAAAUCCUUGGAUUGGCAACUUCACCGUCAAAGGUGUUCAAGCUGAUUCUAAAGACGACUUCAUGAUCUGUAAACUUAAAGCGCGUUUGAACCUCAAUGGUGUUCUCAAUGUAGAGCAAGGCUAUUACGUUGAGGAUCAAGAAGUUGAGGAGCCCAUUCCAGAGCCUAAGGAAGGCGAGAAGACCGAAGUACGUACAACCAGUUCUUUCCAGCGCGAUUCAAUUCCUGUCAAGUCCUCAACUUUCGAUUCUUCGAUGAAGCGUCAGAGAACAUCUCCUCCAGUAGACUCUCCCCGUAAUCCGAAGUUUACGAAGCGUGCGGAGGUAUCCGAUUAUACUCCUGAUUCUGAUGUUUACAUCCCUGUUACUUUACCCCAGCUAACAUUGAAUCAGGGUGAUAAGAUGGAGACUGACGAAAAGCCCAAGACAAAGAAGGUCAGGAAACAGGUACGGAAAGGUGAGCUACCUGUGACGGCGCAAACCCUGUCUCUGGAUCAAGCAUCGAAAGACGCUGCAUUGGAGAAAGAAAGCCAGAUGUUCAUGGAAGAUAAACUUGUCGCCGAUACCGAGCAACAAAAGAAUGAUCUUGAGAGCUUCAUCUAUGAGUUAAGAGGGAAGCUUGACGAGCAGUACGCUGAAUUUGCAAGUGAGGAGGAGAAACAAAAAGUCAAAGCCAAGUUAGAGGCCACUGAGGACUGGCUAUAUGAAGACGGAGAGGACGCGUCCAAAGCUGUCUAUAUCAGCAAAGCCGAAGAGAUUCGGGCGUCUGCUGCUACUAUCAUCACGCGCUAUAAUGACAAGAUUGAAGAAGAGCGACAGGCCAAACUGAAAGCCCAAGAAGAGGCCGCAGCCGCCAAACGGGCUGAGCAAGAGGCCAAGAAGGCUGCCGAGCAGCCACCACCAAAGGACGAGGAGAUGAAGGAUGCCGACAGUGAGCCGGUGCAGCCGACCGAAGUCGAGGAGCCUUCUGAAAAAUAG